AUGGUACCGGUAAGAAUUCCUAGAGAGGUACUCAAAAAUGGCAGUUUGCAGCACUCGCGGCCAAAAAUCAUAACGUUUGAUGCAUAUAAUACUCUUUAUUCCAUCAAAAAACCUGUAAUGGAACAGUAUUGUAUAGUGGGUGCCAAGUACGGGAUUAAUGGUAAUCCACAAGAACUCACUAAGAGAUUUCCAGGGGUUUUCAGUAAUAUCCGUAAAAAGUAUCCUUUAUAUGGUAAAAAUUCUGGUAUCACGGCUGAACAAUGGUGGGAGUAUCUAAUUAGGGAUAUGUUUGAACCAAUACAGAUACCAAAUGAAAUGGUAGAAGAAAUCUUAGAAAGGUUCGAGGGCGAUGCUGCCUAUACGGUAUACCCAGACGUCAGGGAAUUUUUGGAGACAAUGAGGAGGAACCAUCCUGAGGUUUCUUUGGGGAUCGUCAGUAAUACUGACCCCAUUGUCCUUACGUUGUUAGAGAAUUUAGAUCUUAAGAAAUAUUUCGACGGAAAUAUCUAUCUGUCUUAUGAUCUUGAGAUAAAAAAACCCGACCCGGCUAUGUUUAAUUACGCGGUCUCUCAUAUGUUGAAACGCCACAACACUAGUGGUCAACGUGAGAACUUGGAAAAUAUUCGGCCACACGUCUGGCAUGUUGGUGAUGAGGAGAAAACGGAUCUGGGAGGAGCUUUCCAAGCUGGAGUAAAUGGAAUUCUUGUAGAUAGAUCAAACUCAUUCGGUUACUUCGACAUAACAACUCCUGAUGUUUGCAAAAAGGAGUUAUCAGAAGAUGAUUUAUCUCUGAGGAAAGUGUUACACCAUUCAGAGGUUAUAUUACAAGAAUCUGAUGCAGUCACUGAUGUAGUACAAUUAAACAGCAGACAGUAUGUUUUACCAAAUUUUAAAUCAUUGGAGGCCCUAUUAUUUCAGCAGUAG